AUGUCUUCCUCACAGUCGUCCUCCACGCUGCCUUUUGGCCAGCACGUGGCCAUUGGUGACAUCUCCGGUCCGACCUAUGUCACAACCCAGCUUCUUGUUCAGCACAUCGCCUACAAGCUCUCCGACAAGAUCUUCUCCUACUCGCCCGAAACCUACGACCUCGACGUCGCCGCCAAGCGCUGGGCCGCCGACGGCGACAGCAACGUUCACAAGUACACGCCCGAGGUCCUGAGCCUGCAGACCCGCGUAGGCGCAGGUGCCCUCGCCCUUGGUUACAUCUUCUCUCCCGAUUUUGAUGUGACGAAGCGCCACAUCCCGCAGACGCUGCUAGCCUCCUCUGGCAGCCUGCAAGCCCUCCGCGCCACGCUCGACCAGCUCUCACUGCUCUACAGCGUCUCCAGCCCCUUCGUCGCCCACGUCGCGGCUGCCGACUACUCGGCCGCUCACGGCAUCGCCGCCAACUAUGAUGGCGCGCUUCGCCUGGCCGAGGAGCUGGGUCUCGGUCUCGUUGCCUCUGCCUCGACCUACGAGGCCCAGCACAUGUCGCUCUUUGCGACGCUCCUCGCCAAGGUCCUGCCCACGCUGCACGUCUACGACGGUGUCCGCGUCGCCCGUGAGACCCUCCGCGUCGUCGAUGCUCUCGGCGAAGCUGGCGUGGCCGACCUGUACGCCAAGCUCGCUGCCGAGGCCGAAAAGCUGAACCCGCGCCUGGACAACGCCGGCAAGGUUGUCGAGCUUCUCAAAGCCUUCAACGACGAGCUCGGCACCGUCUACGCUCCCUUUGAGUACCACGGCCACGAGACCCCUGAUGUGGUUCUUGUCACCUUUGGCAGCGUCGAGGCCCAGGUUGCCCGCCAAGUCAUGACCAAGAUCGCCGUCGAGGGCGCCAAGGUCGGCGUCAUCAACGUCCGCGUCUACCGCCCCUUCAUCGAGGAGGCCUUCCUCACCGCCAUCCCCGCCUCCGCCCGCACCAUCGCCGUCCUCGGUCAGGUCAACACUGAAGCCGCCCUGCAUGAUGAGGCCACUCAGUCUGCCCUCUACGGCGACGUCCUCACGGCCGUCACCUUCGCCGGCAAGUUCGCCCAGGAGCCCGACGUGCUUGACAUCAAGUACACGGCCGCGCAGACCCUGACGCCCCAAGGCCUGGUCAACACCCUCCACAAGGUCUUUGGCAAUGAGGGUGAGGCCAACACCCUGCCGUCGCUCAUUGCUGCCGAGCAGUACACCUUUUGGGACCUGGAUAGCUCUGCUACCGUGGCCUCGCCUGCCGUCAUUGGCACGCUUCUCGCCAAGCAGUCGACCUCCAACGUCUUUGUUCGCGAGGUCUACGAUAACCUCACCCAGGGCGGUGCUGUCCGCUCGGACCUUCGCGUCUCCAAGAAGACACUCGAGGCUCCCUACGACAUCAAUGAGGCCGACGCCAUUGUCGUGGGCGAUGAAAAGAUUCUCAAGGAUGUCGACGUUCUUGCUAGCGUCGCUCCCGGUGGCAAGGUCAUUCUAAACCUUCCCGGCUUCAAGGAGGCCGAUGUUGAGAAGCGUCUCUCGUCUGCUUUCCGCAAGACGCUUGCCGACAAGGAUAUUGCUGCCUUUGUCCUCGACCCCGCUGUCCUCCCCGCUUUUGAAAAUGACCCUUCUGCCUCCAAGCUGCUUCUUGAGCUUGCUUUCCUCAAGAUUGCGCAGCCCUCGGUCUCCCCCAAGGGCAUCACCAUCACUGCUAAAAAUGUCAACCUCGAACAGGCUGCCGAGGCCGUUGACCAGUGCUUGACUAAGCUCGAGGCCCGGGCCGAGACUGAGGAGGCAGCCACCAUCGAACUGCCUCUGACUAUCCAGCCCAACAGCUUCGUCUCUUUUGCCAAGGAUGAGGAUGUAGAGUCCCUCCAGCUGCAAGACUGGCAGACCCUCGCUCGCGGCAUUGUCUUCAAGGAGGCAUUCGGCACGUGCGAAGCCGUGCGCCCUGACUUGGCUGUCACCACUCACACGGUCACGGUCAAGGAGAACCGUCGCCUCACGCCGUCGGACUAUGACCGCAAUAUCUUCCACAUUGAGUUUGAUCUGGGCACUACCGGGCUCACCUACAAGAUUGGCGAGGCUCUCGGCAUCCACGCCGAAAAUGACGUCAAGGACGUCGAGGCCUUUAUCAAAUUCUACGGCCUCAACGGCGAUGACGUGGUCCAGGUGCCCUCUCGUGACGACGCGUCGGUUACGGAGCUGCGCACCGUGCACCAAGCGCUCGUGCAAAACGUCGACAUCCUGGGCAAGCCGCCCAAGCGCUUCUACGAGGCCCUCGCCGAGUUCGCGACUGACGAGACGGAGAAGAAGAAGCUCGAGGCUCUCGGCAGCCAGGCCGGCGCGGAGGACUUCAAGAAGCGCACCGAGGUGGACACGCUGACGUACGUCGACAUCCUGGAGGAGUUUGCGUCGGCGCGCCCCAGCCUCCACGACCUGAUCAAGAUUGUCAGCCCGCUGAAGCGCCGCGAGUACUCGAUCGCGUCGGCGCAGGCGGUGACGCCCAACUCGGUGUCGCUGAUGAUCGUGGUGGUGGACUGGGUGGACACGCGCGGCCGGACGCGGUACGGCCAGGCGACGCGGUACUUGUCCCGUCUCGCGGCCGGCGCGCCAGUGACCGUGUCUGUCAAACCCUCGGUGAUGAAGCUGCCGGUCAAGGACACGGCGCCGCUCAUCAUGGCCGGCCUGGGCACGGGCCUGGCGCCGUUCCGCGCGUUCGUGCAGUACCGGGCGAUGCAGAAGGCGCAGGGCAAGGAUAUUGGCGCGAUCCUGCUGUACCUGGGCUCGCGGCACCAGCGCGAGGAGUACCUGUACGGCGAGGAGUGGGAGGCGUACCGGGACGCGGGCGUGGUGACGCUGAUCGGGGCGGCGUUCUCGCGCGACCAGCCGCAGAAGAUCUACAUCCAGGACCGCAUGCGCCAGACGGUGGGCGACAUCGUGCAGGCGUACAUCAAGGACGAGGGCAGCUUCUACCUGUGCGGGCCGACGUGGCCGGUGCCGGACGUGACGGCGGUGCUGGAGGAGGCCAUCGCGGCCGAGGCCAAGGCGGCGGGCAAGAAGGUGGACCCGAAGAAGGAGAUUGAGAAGCUCAAGGAGGAGGGCCGCUACGUGUUGGAAGUUUACUAA